AUGGAGCUCCAGGACGGUGCUGAACUCUGCUUUCCACAAUUAUUCAACGUCUCCUGCAAGAAGCCGACACUUCACUGGUCUGAAGCUGUGCUCCUGAACAUCUUGCUGGUCUUCAUCUCUCUGAUCACUGUAGUUCUAAACCUGCUCGUCAUCAUCUCAGUCUCCCACUUCAGGCAGCUCCACACACCCACUAACAUCUUCCUCCUCUCGUUGGCUGUCUCAGACUUUCUUGUUGGUCUCCUGUUGAUGCCUUUGGAAAUCUUCAAAAAAAGUGCCUGCUGGAUACUCGGGGAUGUUGUGUGUGUUUUAUAUGGUUAUCUGGUCAGUCACAUGGUCUAUGCCUCAAUCGGCAACAUAGUUCUCAUAUCUGUUGACCGUUACGUGGCCAUUUGUCACCCUCUGCAUUACCCCAUCAAAAUUACUGUGACCAGAGUGAAAUGCUGUGUUUGUCUGUCUUGGCUCUGGUUUGGUUUCUUCACCAUUGUUUGCAUAAAGGAUGAGCUGAUUGAACCAGGCAGGAAUAAUUCCUGUUUUGGAGAGUGUACGCUUUUCAUUAGCUAUGUUGCAAGAGCUGCUGACCUUGUUUUAACCUUUAUAAUUCCAGUUUCUGUAAUUGUAUUUGUGUAUGUUAGGGUUUUUGCUGUGGCUGUGUCUCACGCUGUUGCCAUGCGCUCUCACAUUACAGAUGUCACCUUUCAGCAUUCGGUGAACGUGACAAAGAAAUCUGAGCUGAAAGCAGCCAGGACUCUGGCUGUCCUUGUAUUUGUUUAUUUAAUAUGUUUCUGCCCCUUUUACUGUUAUUCUCUUGUCACUGUUGAUUUAACUGGAUCUGCAUAUGCAUCAUUUCUGUUCUUUCUGUUUUAUUUUAACUCCUGUCUAAAUCCAAUAAUCUAUGCCCUGUUUUAUCACUGGUUCAGAAAAGCUGUUAAACUCAUUGUCACUCUGCAGAUUCUGCAGCCUUGCUCUUGUGAAGUCAACAUAAUGUAA